CCCCCACCAUUUUCAAACUUGAAAUACCCACUCCUAACUCACGCUCUGCUCCUCCUAACACACACCCUAUCUCCCCCCCCCCCCUCUCCCUCUCUGCAAUAACAAUUGCUGUGCCUAGUUACAUUCCUGUAUGUAAUUGAUCUCUCUAUUCGGAUCUAAAAAUGGACAGAAUCAGAGAUAUACACAACUCUAGAAAAACUUCCACCAACACACUUGGAGCAGGAAACCAUAAGGACAGAGGUACUUCAAAGUUGGUGUCACCAAAUGUAGUUGCAAGAUUGAUGGGUCUCGAUGGCUUACCAUCUCCGGAGGUGAGUCAUAUAUCACAAAAAGUACCUGCUGACAAUAAAGGGAAGAUUGCUUUACCAAAGAUUUCAGAUCGAGAUGCUCAUUGGCGUGAGCUCCGGUCUUAUAAGAAGAGCUACAUGGAGCAGUCAGAGUUUAAGGAUGUGUUUGAAGACACAAUCAACAAAUCGAGCUCCAACAAGAACCUGGGAACACAAUUUCUUCAGCAAUCAGAUUCGUUGUUUCUAGAAAAUCUGCCUAUGCAAAAAGCUCCUUCCAGUUAUGAAUACAAUCGCAUAGCAGUUUUGAAGCCAUCACAUUCCACAAAUCAAAAGGCCAAGGACAAGGGAUGGCAAGAUGAACGGGAAGGUCCCAUGAAACAUGGUUUUGUGAGGCACACUUGCAAUAAUCAUGGCUCUCAAAGCCUAUACAAGUCAUCAACCAUUAGCCCAGACAGAGCAGGCGAGUCUGACAUUAUGGCUAAACGAAUUGUUAUUCUGAAGCCAAACUAUGUGAAGGCACAUAAUGCUUUUAACCCCGUGUCAUUGUCAUCGCCUGAUUCUUCACAAUUUAAUUUCCCCGUCUAUAGCGAAUAUGAACAAUCUGAAGAUAGUUAUAGGGAAGGAUACUAUAGAAACAUGGAUAUUUUUAAAGACGUAGACUUCUCAAGGCGCAAGUCUAGAGAAGUAACGGAAACUGUCAUGAAAGCUACCAGAGAAAUGAGAAACACUUACAGUCGCAUGAAGAAUAGGAGAGGCACUGCUAAAGAAUUAAAUGGGGAAACGGUCGAGGAAUUUGGUUAUGUGAUGAAUAAUUUUCCAUCUCCUUUUAGAGGAAGUCCUGAUAUUAGUGGUCUUUAUGAUUUCUCUGGAAAUGUUACUGCGAGUGAAUCAGAAGAGACAAAGUUAACUUACGAUUUCACAGAAUCCUUCGCCAGUAGUGAGGCAAAAAAGAGAUUGUUAGAGAGGUUAAAAAAGGCCUACAAGUAUGAGGAUAAAAGAAACAUGACAAGGGAUGUUUAUCAAUAUGCAGGGAUGGAUGGUAAAAAAAUUACACUUGGUGAAAUGCUUUCUACAUCUGAUAAGAAAGUAAGAAAUCUGGAUGUCACAAUGGGUGGUAUAAGCAGCAAGGACGGUUGGAAGGACAGUUUUUCCAAAUACUCAUCAAACUCUAGAUCAAUUUGUCAACUGCCAGGAGUAGUAAGUGAGAAAAACAAUGCAGGUGGUGAAUGUCGAGUUGAUGACAAGUUGCUGGUGCCGAAAGAAGACACAUAUCAGUAUCAAAGGAAAGUAGUAGAUAAAAAUUGUAAGAAGAAAGAGAAUUCCUCAUUGAACAGCUUAAAGUCCAGCAAGAGAAGAUCACUAUCAGAUCGCAAGAAAUAUGCCUAUAAUACUGACUCAUCACUAGAAAUCUAUCCGAGUCAGGAUCAGACGGAGACAAACUUCAACAAGGAAGGUUCUCCAGAUAAGCAGUUGGGAGCAUCUCAGACAUCAGGAAAUAUUACAAGUAUUGCAGAUGCGGACAUCAUUCAGAAUGGGUCUAGAAACCUCUCUCCAAGAUCUUCUGAUGAGAUGCCUCAAGAACCAUCAAUAUUCAUGAAAAAUAGUGAUGAUUCCUCUGUUGGUAAUCAAGAGAAUUCUACUCCACAGCGUACUAAAGCUGAGGCAGAAUCUUUGGAGAGUUCCAAGGAAGCUGAUCAUCCAAGUCCUGUUUCUGUUUUGCAAGUUCCAUUAAGAGAAGAUGAUGCAUUAUCAGGUCCUGAGAGCUUUGAGCAAGUCAGCGCUGACCUUCGAGAGCUUCAAAAGCAACUUCAGCUACUCAGGAGAGAAUCCAGGUCAGAUGAAGGGGAUUCCACACCUCAAGAUGAUGACUACGAUGUCCAGCAAGGGUCAGUCACAGAUUCUGAUCACAGAAGAGAGAAUAAACCUGAGUGCUGGGAAUCAUCUUACAUUGCUGAUGUGCUGAUUGAGUCUGGUUUUGCUGAUACUGACACAGACAUGUUCAUGACUAUAUGCUACUCAACUGAUUGUCCUUUGGGGCCGUGGGUAUUUGACAAUCUAGAGAGUAAGCACUAUAGUGAGGUAAACAGAUUAAAACAUGAUAGGAGACUACUGUUUGAUCGCAUAAAUAUAGCAUUAUCGGGAAUGCCAAAAUCCUUUGCGGAGCCAUUGCCCUGGGUGAAACCGUCAGCAGUGGGAAUCCGAUUCAAGUGGCAGGCAUGUGAGAUCAGAGAUGAGCUAUAUAAACUACUCGAAGUUCAAGUAAGAGAAGCCAGCGAGGAAGAUUCAGAAAAACUACUUGACAAAGAAAUGCACUGGAUGGGCUCGCGAGAUUGCAUUGAUGCAAUUGGUGUAGAAAUUGAGAAGUUGCUCACAGAUGAACUACUAACGGAGCUUUUGAACGAUGUUAAGUUCUCCAAUUAGAAUUGUUUACCUACGUUGACAGAUAUUAUCCUAUGACCUGAUCAAUCUUGGAAAAGAAUGAUUAGUAGAAUAACAUUUCCAUAGAUUAUGGUCUAUGACUAGUAGCAAGUAAGAACCUUUUCUAUUUGAUGUUCAUUCUAAACAUGAUAACAAAAGGAGCAAUAACCCUGAAAUUCAAUUCUGUCA